AGAGCUAGGAGAUUUUCGAAGUGGAUUAGCUGUUUAUAUCACAGAUGCUUACAGUGUUGAGACUUGUGCAAAGGAUCUGAUUGCUUUCAUCAAAGCUGGUGGUGGCUUGAUCAUGGCUGGCCAGGCCUGGCAUUGGGCUGGAACCCACCCACAAGAAAACACUCUAAAGAAUUUCCCAGGAAACAAGGUGUGCAGUGUUGCAGGAAUUUACUUCUCAAAAUGCUAUGGAAAAGUUGGCAUUUUUCCUGUUCCAAAACAAAUCCCUUAUAGUUGGCUUGCUUUAUCUGUAGGCAAGGACUUUAAGGAUGACCUACAGAUCCUGCUAGAAGGUGUGUCCGAGUUCGACGUCCAAGGUGAGGCUAUAGCAUCUGAGGUGAUGGUGCAUGGACCAUUAGCAUUUCCCAUUGCAGUCACUCCAGCUGGAAAAACAUUCAUUGCUGGUGCCUAUUAUGGGCAAGGUCGAGUUAUUCUGUUAUCACAUGAAUGCUACAUGGAGCGGGACUCUCUGUCCACUUUCCUGAUCAACGCUAUCAAGUGGCUUGACGAAGAUCGCAAGGGUGUUAUUGGGAUACUACCCAGCCGAAAGAGAGCCCACAGGGUACUGAGCAAAUCUGGUUUAGAUUGCCAAUUCUUUAAAGUGAAAAAUAAGACUGAGAGGUCUCAGAAUCUUGUAUUUCAAAACAUUUGUAAGUUUGAUCAGCUUCAUAUUACGUGGGGAAAAUGUGUUUAA